CGCCAGGAGGAGGUGCUCCUCAUGGAGCUCCAGGAUCUGGUGACGUGCCCGAUCUGCAUGCAGGUGCUCUACAAGAGCGUGUCGCUGAUGCCCUGCUCCCACGUGUUCUGCAUGGCGUGCACCUCGGACUGGAUGGGCAAGCGCAGGAGCGACUGCCCGGUGUGUCGGCGGGCGAUCAGCGCCGUCAUGAAGAACCACCCCAUGGACGGCGUCGUGGAGGCAUUUCUGGAGGCCAACCCGAGCUUCCAGCGGGAUUCCGCGGAGACGGCGGAGAUGGACGCGCGCGACCGGCUGAAGCUGGGGGUCAGCGGCAAACUCGUUCGGGACGUGUGCCACUUCGAGCCGCCCUCCCGCCCGCCGCUGGCUCCGGCGCCGCCGCCCGCCCAGGAGCGUGGUCUGGCGCGGCGGCCGCCGUCCGCAGAGGGGGCACAGGCCGCGGCUCGGGCGAGGCCGCCAGGCGCCGCCGCGCAGGCGGGGGCCGCCAGCCCCGGCGGCGCGGCGCGGCACGGCUCCGCGGUGUGCUGCCUGCAGUGACGCCCCCCGGCCUCGCCGCCCCUGCUUCGGGAACGGCCGCCCCGGGCCCCACCCGCCCGCGGGCAGAAGCCCUCGGGCGUCGCGCGCUGCGGGGCACGAUGCGCGAAGUUCGGUGGGUUCGGCGGCGAGCGGCGGCAGCGGCUACUGGCCUGGAAUCGGGCACGCCGCCGAUGCGUGCCGGCUGGGCACGAACCGCGCAUGGCGUCCGCGGAAGCGGAAGGUUUUCCGCGCAAGACUUUCCGCGGAUGCGGAAUUCGGCGGACCGCGCGGCUGUGCCGGAUCAUCGGUGCUGUUGCCCGGCGCCGUGCUUUCCGACGAAAGCAUUUAUGCUUCCUGCGUGUGUUCCACCCUGCCGUGCGUCGCUCCGUCCCACGAUGGUAUCGGUACCUUUUGGUUUCCCUGAUGUGAGGCGCAAGCGUUGACACCAAUGCCUGCCAGCCUGGAGCACGUCCCCGUCCCCAUGAUCGGCAUCGCCUCAUCUCGAUGCCGAUCUCGAGGGUUCCCUCCGUCUUCGAGGGCACAUCCCUGAGAUUGGCAUUGCCCUUUGGCCUGUCAAUCUUGGGGAUAGGGGUACAGUGCCGUUUUUAAUACAUGCUCCGCGUGCGGAUCAUGUAUGCAAAUGCAGGGA